AUGUUAUCUAAUCGAUCAAAUAAGGAUACUAAAGAAGUUAAACGAAUAAGUUUAAUUCCAAGUAGAUAGGAAUAAUAAUAAUAAGAAUAAGAAUAUAAGUACAUUUAACCUGUAAAAACUGUAAAUUUAGAGAAUCAGGAUCCAAAAUGGUCAGAAUUAAAAGUUGAUGGAAAGAAUAUCAAACAUAGGGCAUAUACAAGUAUAACAAUUCAUAAUGAUUUGUAUAUUAUAAAUUAUAAUAUAGCUUAUAUUUAUAUGGAGGAUAUUAAGUAUAACUCGGAAUCAUGGAUGAAUUUUAUCGUAUGAAUUUAAAGAGUUUAAGUUACUAAUGGGAAAAGUUAACUUACAAGGAUAACCCUGGACCAAGAACUAGACACUAAAUGUGUACUUAUGCAGAUAAAAUUUACAUUUUUGGUGGCUAAAUACAUUAAUCUAUAUCCACUAAUUCCAUGUGGUAUUUUGAUCUAAAUUCUCAUACUUGGAUCAAAUGCAAAAUUAAUCAAUCUUAUCCUCCAGAAAUAGAUAAUCAUAGUGCAAUUAUCCAUAAUGAUAAUUGGAUUAUAUUUGGUGGUUUUUUUGGAGGAACUGUUGGUUUACAUUCUAAUUAUGUCUAUAAAUAUGAAUUUGCUUCAAAUACUUGGUAAAGAAUCCAACCUUAAAAUAAUACUGCACCUACUCCUAGAGAUGGAGCUGGUAUUGCUAUUCAUUAAAAUAUUCUAUAUAUGUUUGGAGGAUCUAAUGGACAUUAAAGAUUUAAUGAUCUUUGGAAAUUUGAUUUCUAAGUAUGGACAUAUAUUCCUGUCAGUUCUAAUAUCUUACCUAAAGUCAGAUCAGGACAUGUUAUGCUUGCUCAUUAAGAUAAAAUUAUUAUCUUUGGUGGUAUUCAUGAUAUUACUUGGGAAUUAGAUGAUUUAUUUAUUUUUCAUCUCAAAAAAAUGGAAUGGAUUAGUGUUGAUGAAGAUAGUGCAAGGAGAAAAGAUAGAUAAUAGUUAUCUCCUAAUAAAGAUAAUAAAUAAGAUCUUUAACAUUCAAGAAGAUAAUUUAGAAAAUCUAACAGAACUGGUAGUAUUAAAAAAACUAUUAAAAGAACAACUCUCUCUCCACUUAAAAAACCAGAUUAAUCUGAAGAUAGUUUAGAAUCACCUACUAGAAAUUUAUCUUAAGCUUAAUCUAAUUAAAAAACACUUGAUGAAAAAAAAAGAAAAGAAAUCUAAUAAAAAAAAAUGGCUCUAUUAAAAAUAUUUGAAGUUGAUGAAGGUUAAAAAGUAUAAUUAAGAGAUAAUUCACCAACUUCAGAAAAAAUGAGAAAUUCAUUAUUCUUGGUUGGCAAUCCAAAAGCUGAUUUAAAAAUUAGAUAAGGAAAAUUAACAGAAUUUGGAAAACCUUUGGUUUCAAAGUAAAAUUUAUAUUAUUAUUAAUCAGAUUCCUUUAACCACUUUAAUCUAUGCAAAAUUCUAUUGUUGGAAAGAAACCUUGCGCUCGAGAUGGACAUUCAUUUACAAUCUAUAAUACUUAACUUAUCAUUUUUGGAGGAGAUAGACAUUAAAUGUCUUUUAAUGAUAUACAUUCUUUAGAUUUAACUAAAAUUUGA